AUGGACGAAAUUGCUGAUCCACUUUAUAAUCCGAACCGUUACGGACCAAGUAAGAAAAUAAUAGCGGAUUCUCUGGAAUUACUGGUAGAAGAACACAAAAUUUUCAUGCAAGAGGGGAGACAGGGUUUGCGACCUAUGUUUUUCAAGACGGAUAAGAUAGCAGAAAUUGUCUUCACUCUAUGCGACUUUUUCGUUGUGGAAGAGAUUGUACGCUAUGCAACAAUAGAAAUCUUCAAUAGGUUUGAGAUUGAGCACAUUCGCAGUGCUUUUGUCUAUUUUAGAUCAGAAUACAAGCAGAUUACUGAUUUAAAAAGACGAUGGUAUGAAGUUGAAAAAAUAAUUGUAUAUCAACUGCCCUUGCGAAUCCUAACUUGUUUGCAGAUAUGUGCGAAAAUAUACGCAAGCAACAACAAUAAAAAUCAAAUUACAGUGAACGAAAUAAAAAACCUCUUGGAUCGAAUAACAGGAAAUAGUCAUGCCUCUAAUAUAAUUUUAGAUUCAGAAGUAUACGUUUUAGAAACACUACAGUACGAUUUAGGUGUAAUUAUGCCAUAUACUUUUGUCGAAACUUUACUAGAAGCUCUAGGUUUCGAUCUACGAGAAACCAAGAUUCAAGCUCUUCACAAACCUUGUGUAGCUUUGUUAGACAUAACAUACAUGAGGCAUACUCAAAUAUAUGAAAGAAUAAAUCGUGAAUUUUAUGCGAAUAAUCCUAAGAAAGUUCUCACUGAUCUAAGCAAAAUGAUCAUUAAGUACGACUAUAAACUUCUUGCAGUGGCAAUUGUGACGUCAGCAAGUUUCGUUGUUGCAGGAAAUGAAAAUAAGAGUUUUCCUUUCAAGGUUAUCGACAAACUUAGCAACUGGUCAUCUAUUGCAUUCUCAGAUAUCCAGAAAUUCACAUUUGGUAUUCUUGAAAUAAUUAAAGGUGAUUAUAGUAAAGUAAAAUGA